UUCAGCUGCAAAUCAUCAAGCAGGACGGGAAACAUGACAAGAAGCGCAGAAUGAGACCCGCUGUUAUAAUCAGCUGUUUUUUAGUUAACGCCAUCCUUCAGACAGGUCAGUUGGCUCUAAUAGAAACAGAGGAGACUGUGUGGGCAGCAGUGGGUGAUCAAGCCUCUCUAAGCUGUAAGCUCACUGAGGAUAAAGACGUCCUCCAGUUCACCUGGCAGAAAGUCCUCCUAUAUGCAGAGAAGAAUCUCGCCACCUACACCAAGAAAUAUGGUUACAGCGUGAGAGUUGAUCUGGCAGAGAAGAUGGAUUUUCAGUGUGAAGAUCUUCAGAGCUGCUCCAUGGUGAUUAGGAAGGUGAUGGAGGAGGAUGAAGGCUGCUACAGGUGUCUGUUUAUCACCUAUCGUACAGGAAUCCUGAUUGCCAGGACCUGCCUCAGACUCUAUGAGCUGCAUGAUCCCGUCCUUGAUGUCAGCAGAUCAAAGUCUCCUGCAGAGUCAGUUGUGUCCUGUUCAGCCACAGGUCGACCUGCUCCCACUGUAACACUGACUGUUCUACAGCAGAACCUCAGCUUCUCCCACUACAACAGCAGCAGUGUGACCCACAGCAACGGUACAGUCACCGUCACCACCACAGCUCUGCUGUCAGCUUCCAGCAGCACACAGGUUGGAUGUUCAGUGUCAGUGCUCUCUGCUGCUCCCAGAGAGAAGAUUAUUACCGUUCCUGGAGUUACGGGAGCAUCUGAUGAUGGUUGGAGUGUGAAAAUUGUAGCGCUGUUCUUUGGAGCUUUAGUGGCUUUAAUCAUCAUUUUCUUGUAUAGAAGAAUUAAUCAGAACAGGAAGCCUUCAAUAGAGAAACCUUCUGAAAUCAAAAUGAUGGAGAAUCCUUCAAAAUGGAAAUCACCUCAAAUCAUAAUUACUGGGCCAAAUGAACCACCUAUGCAACAAGAGAACAAUCAGACCGGGGAAAAUGUUCUGGUCAGACGACUCAGCCAUACACCACCACCAUCACCACCUGGUGGAGAAAGUUGUUUACCUGUAGCUGAAAAAGACGGUCAAUUCCUGACACCAAAAAAAAAUACAUGUGGGCUGAAAACCCUAAGGUCAAAGUGGGAAACACACCUCCAAAGACGGUAG